AUGCAAGCGGACGAACGCAAAGACGGAUCGACCCAUAAUUACGUGUCGCCAACAGAGCCGUAUGAGGUAAGAGAAGACACCACUGAAGAGGGUUUUGCGGUUGUUGAAAGCCAAACCUCUUGGGAACGCGUCAUGACACCGAGGAUUGUAUUAGUCGUAUUCACAGCGCUGAACUUUAUUACUUACUACGAUCGUGGUGUGAUGGCUGGGUGUUUGGCAGUUAUUAAAGAAGACAGCAAUAUCUCUGGUGAGUCGAGGACAUUGAGCGACACUCGAAGUGGUUUCCUUAUUUCCGGCUUUAUGAUCGGCUUUAUGACUACGAGUCCCAUUUUCGCAGCAUUUGGUGGAAUCGUGCCAUCCAAAUGGAUGAUAGUUGGUGGAAUGGUAGCCUGGGGCAUCUUUUGCGUUGGUACAGGCCUUGCUAAAUCAUACACAUUCCUACUGAUUUGCCGUAUUAUUGUCGGCGUUGGUGAAGCGGCGUUUGUCGGUUUCACUGUUACUAUCAUUGACCGCAUUGCACCGCACGAUUCCCGUACAUUGUGGAUAGGCACGUUCUAUUCUAUGAUUCCCGUGGGGUCUGCAGUGGGUAUGGGACUUGGUGGAGUUAUAAGCUCUGUAGGCGCGAUUGGCAGCCUCGAGGGGUGGCGUGUUGCAUUCUUGAGUGAGGUGGUAGCAGCUAUACCCAUUGUGCUACUUAUUGCGCUUCUACCUUCAAAUUAUAACCUGCGGCUGGCUUCGGAUGAAGCGGAAUAUCUUCCUAUACACAAAGCAACCGCUAAGCUUCUUACAAAUGUCAAGUAUGUUCUUACUGUAUUAGGCUAUGCAAUGUACUGUUUUGUGGUGGGAGCGGUUUCGGUUUGGGCAAUACCUAUGCUUGUUCAGGGACCAAUGCAGCUCUCGAAUCUGACCUCCGCAUUGAUAAUGGGCGGAGUCACUGCCCUCACCGGUGUUUUUGGUUGCGUCGUGGGAGGCGUUGCUGUUGACAAGCUGGGCGGAAGUCGUGGCCGCUUGGGAGCAAUGAAAUGCCACCUUUUUGACACGGUCAUGAUGGUUAUCUCUGUUCCAUUAGGCUUGGUGGCGCUUUUUAUGACAACUAUAUGGCUCUUCAUCCCAAUAUUGGUGAUUUCCGUAUUUGCUCUCUUUGCGGUAACAGCCCCUGUCAAUGCAGCUAUUCUAACAGUGGUGCCAUCGGAAUUAAAGCCAUACGCAGUGAGUUACUCUGUUUUUUUCAUUCAUUUAUUGGGCGACUUUCCGUCUCCGACCUUCGCAGGGUAUCUCUCUGACAACUGCUUUUCUCAAGGGUGUCCAAAUUAUAACUAUGAUUCGUGCAUCGCCGACACCCUUAAUCAAUGCCGAUGGAUAAACAGUACCACUGAAGGCUCCAGUGGACACUGCGUCAAUGAAUUUCAGUUACGUAAUUCGCUUCUGAUUGUGUUUUCCAUGCUCGCCUUCUCAAUUCCAUGCUGGCUUGCCGUGUACUACUUCUUGUUGCGAGAACACAAACGAUCCCUUUCAGGUCUAGCUGACACAGAGGUAUCGUUGACGACUGAAGAGAGGGAGUACGAUAACCAGUCCCCUAGAUCCAAUGACGUUGGUAAAAACGCCGGUGAGUAG